CGUCCCAAAACUUCAGCAGAGUUUCCAAUCGCGACCACAAGCCCAUCCCGUCCUGCGAUCCGCCCACCUGGGCCGCUGGUCCAGGAUUCCACACAGCUAUUGUCCCACGCCUGCUCCACCACCCAGCCUGGUCCCUGCAACACACCAUUACCGAGUACGGAGUGCCACCCAGACUGCCAGAGACGACAAUAACAAGUCCUCGAUCCGCAAAUCCCGCCGCGCACGCUGCGUGCACACUCUCCCAGCUUUUCAAACCCACACACAUCAACUGAGCGAGCCGAGCCAUUGACACACGCACAACGCACAACGCACACUGCAAACUGCACACUGCACACGCACACAUGGAGGAGCUGCAGCCAUAGGGACGUCGACUGUUUACAUCCGCCAGCCGCGAGCCACGAGCCACGAGCCACGGGCCAGACUUCCACCGCUUGCUUGGCUGGCUGGCUGGCUCGCUCGCUCGCUGACCCCGAGCCGCUGCCCCACGACGUCAGCACCUUCUCGUCGUGCCCCAGCGCCCCGGCCGCGCUCGACACCACAGCCCACAUCCGCCUCCUCCCCCCUCCCCCCUCCCCCCUCCCCGCCUCACAACACCUCCUCUGUCGCCAGUCGCCAGUCGCCAGUCAACAGGCCGCCCUCCCACUCCAGCAUGGAAGCCGCCGCGGGAGCCGUCCUGUCCACCGCACACGAGCUCUACACCCGCGCAAACGAGUCCUCGACCGACACCUCCAAGGAUGAGCGCCCCCCCGUCUACAAGGUCAUCGGUAUAAGCCUGGCCAUCGGCUCCGGCCUCUUCAUCGGCACCUCCUUCGUGCUCAAGAAGGUCGGCCUGCUCAAGGCCAACGAGAAGUACCAGGAGGAGGCCGGCGAGGGCUAUGGCUACCUCAAGAACGCCUUCUGGUGGGGCGGCAUGACCCUCAUGAUCCUCGGCGAGGUCCUCAACUUUGUCGCAUAUGCCUUCACCGAUGCCAUCCUCGUCACCCCCAUGGGCGCCCUGUCCGUCGUCAUCACCAGCAUCCUGUCCGCCAUAUUCCUCAAGGAGAGGCUGAGCAUGGUCGGCAAGGUCGCCUGCUUCCUGUGUAUUGUCGGCUCCGUCGUCAUCGUCAUGAACGCCCCCGAGGAGUCUUCUGUCGCCGACAUCCAGGAGAUGCAGAAGUUCGUCAUCACCCCCGGUUUUCUCAGCUACGCCGGUGUCAUCAUCCUUGGCUCCGCCAUUGUCGCAUACUGGCUCGGCCCAAAGUACGGCAAGAAGAACAUGAUGGUCUACAUCUCCAUCUGCAGCUGGGUCGGCGGCCUCAGUGUUGUUGCGACCCAGGGCCUCGGCGCCGCCAUAGUCGCCCAGAUUGGCGGGAAACAGCAAUUCAACCAGUGGUUCAUCUAUGUCUUGUUGGUCUUCGUUAUCGGGACACUGUUGACCGAAAUCAUCUUCUUGAACAAAGCACUGAACAUUUUCAAUGCGGCCAUGGUCACCCCGACCUACUAUGUCUACUUCACCAGCACCACCAUCAUCACCUCCGCCGUCUUAUUUCAAGGCUUCAAGGGGACCCCCACCUCAAUCGUCACCGUUGUCAUGGGCUUCCUCACGAUAUGCUCCGGCGUCGUCUUGCUGCAGCUGUCCAAAUCCGCCAAAGACGUGCCUGAUACAGCGGUCUUUAGUGGGGAUCUUAACCAGGUCCGCACAAUUGCUGAACAGGAGCAGGCCGAGACGGAACCAAAGGCAGAUGCCAUCAGGGGCGCCGCUGCGCUGGUGCGUCGCUUCUCUACGACGCGCGAGAAGAUGGAGAUCGAAGAGUUGAAGCGGCUUCGCGCCGAGAAGGAGGCAGAGCGGCUCGAGGCAGUCAGGGAGGACGGCCAGCCGCAAUUUGAAUGGGAUGGUCUGCGAAGGCGUAGAACAACGCUCGGAAGUCAGUAUAGCAGACAUACAACCACGCCACAUAACACGUUCCCAAUGACGCCAAAUACCGGUGCUUCACACCCGCCGCUGGGCAUGUCUCACUUCCCAACCGACGAGGAACUCGCCGAGCAGGACAGACCGUUUAGUGCGGGUCUCUCUAGUUUCAUGGGUACCAUCCGGUCGCGUGCGACAAGCGUGUUGCCAGGACAUCCGGACUUCAGACAGUCGUCUGUGGGAAGCGACAGUUCUAAUGCCCUCAACAUAUCUUCCAAUAAGAUGCAAAGCCCGAUGCACCCUGUGCAGCUUACCGAAAUUUCUGUGGCGCACGGCGGUGCUUACGGGGUACCUGCUGGCGUCAAGACCGAGUACGACCCGGGCUCACACGGCUCAUCCGAUAGCAUCGGCGGCCAUGAGAGACACAUUCACUUCGGCGGCGAGACUCGGCACACGCCCGAUAGCGCGAGUCUUGCUCCUCCCACGCCACCGCCACACGCUCAGCCCCACUCAGCCAGAAGACAGUUCUCCUUCCAGAACGUCUUCAAGCGACACCGAGACCACGCGAAUGACGGCGCGGAGGACAGGCCGGCAAGCUCCAAAUCCGCGAGCAGGCCUAUUUCUAGCAGAGGUUACAGCGCCCCACACGCAAAGGCCGCGACUGAAGAGGAACGUUUAGGCCUGGUAAAGGGCGACAGUAAUAACCAGGGGCCCGGAUACUCGUCAGCGCCGGCGUUGCCCUCGUACGAGGAAGAUGACUACGAGGGGUCUGACGAUUACAUGUACGACGAAGACGCCUUGUACAGCGACGACAAGAUGACGCGCUAUGGACGCGGUAUCACGGACAGCCCUCCGAGGGGCCGAGCCGGAAGCGACAGCUCAAACGAGAAGGGCAGCGAGCCUCAGAGAGGCCGGUGGGAGAAGGGCCGAGGAGGCAGCAGGGACCAAACUCCGCCUACGCCGCCACCCAAGCCCCCAGCGCACGGCAGCGGCAGCGGCAGCGGCAGCGGGACGCGAACACCGAGAGGCGGUGCCUAUAUAUGACCAUCUUUUCCGCGACUAACGCAGCUGAACCGCUGCUGUACAGUACGACUCAGUGCGACGACUGUUUGGGCGUCUGGUAUGUUUCCGUUGGUGUCAGGUCUGCUGGUUGCAUUUCCGGAAACGGAUGGGCACCUGCUACGCCCGUUUGGAUUGGAAUAUUAGCAUUGGGUGUUAGAUGGUCCUUGGAAUACAUACAAGCAUUGGGCGGGAUGGGAGUGCGGUAUCAUCAAAGCACAGGUUGCCGGCUGCAUAGCUACUUACAGCAUCGCCCGUGGUUUGGGGGGGGGGGCAGAAACCAUCACAGGUCUCUGGUGUAUAUUUAGACGGGAUGAGCAUCUCACCGGAAUAGCAGCAGCCAUAAUGUAGUGAACGCCCGAAUGAGCUACGACUAUCGAAUUUCUAUUGUUGGA